GUCACGUGAACUGCCCGUGUUCGUUCCAGCUGAGAGGACAGCGAGUCGCGCGGCCCGAGCCCCAAAGCCCGUGCCCGUGACUGGAUCCAUCCGAUGCUGAAAGUACAGACAGAGAGAGAGGAAAAGACCCCCCUCCUCCUCCUGCUGCUCUUCCUCCUCCUCCUCCUCCUCCCCCCGGCGCACAGCAGAGCGCGACAGGAGAGAAGAGAAAGAGCGAUACAAGUUGUCAUCUGACCAAUAGGACCGUCCAGGCGCAGCUCUCGUCGCUGCGUUUUUCCUUACUCACUGUUUUCCUUCGCUGUUUUGGCCGAGGACGCUUUUUGUUUUUUUGUUUUUUCUUCUCGCUUUGCAACUAUUUUUGAGCCCUCGUUUUUGAAUCCGUACACAAUUGACGAUAUCGUCGCUGGAAGAUACCCUCCUGCAACUUUUGAAACAUUUGAAACUGUCCGUGCAGUCUGCGGAUUUCAUUUUUUUUCCUCGGCUGUUUUUGUGUAUUUAUUAUGGACAGCCCUCUUUUUCAGAUCGGCUGACCGCCCCGUCACACGUCGGUCCUCGAGCUUGGUCUGUGGAGGAGUUUUAAUAAUAUCUGCAUCUGACUGCAAUGGGAUACUUGACGUGGAAUUAAGCAAACUUAAUUGCCUGCAAGCAAAGUCAACAUAUUUGUCAUUUUGAUAGGUGCUCUGGUCAGUUUUUCUCGACCCCCUUUUGGUUUCUUUGUGCGACCCCGUCUGGUCCAGGAUGUCCAGGCAGCUCUCCCAGCUCCUGACCCCCGACCUCCCCGCCGGCGCAAGCCCACAGUUUGGAAGUUGCACUCAGCCUGGAGGCUCCCUGCCUGGGGGACACCUCACCUCAAUGGCAGGACUCAAAUCCCUCCUGCAGCACCCCAUGAAAGUGGACCAACGCUUAAAACCCCCCUGUGACGCGAAAGAGAAAGACAGAUCUUUGGACAUGGAUGAGGACUCUUUGGGAGUGUGCUCCAUGAGGAAUGGCAGUGGAGUAAGCAGCAGUAAUAACAGCAAUGGCUGUGGAGGAGGUGGUGUAAAUGGAGGAGGAGGAGGAGGAGGAGGAGGAGGAGGAGGAGGUUUCAACCAGUUCCUGGGGCCUCUCCUGUGGGAUCGCACCCUGCCUGCAGAUGGGGGCCUCUUCCAGCUUCAGUACAUGGACUUGGAGGAGUUUCUGACUGAUAAUGGCAUGGGCAGCAUCCACAACAACAACAACUCCAGUUCGGCCCAGAUCCCCUCUCAGAGCUCCCAGUCCGCCGUGCCCAACCAGAGCUCCCAGUGUCCAUCGUCUUCACCCCCACCCUGCUCUUCAUCCUCUUCCUCCUCUUCCUCUUCCUCACCGUCGCUCAUUGGUUUGGAGGUGGCGCAGCCGCAGAGCCUGCUUGGAGGAACUGACUGUCUACAUGGGAGUCAGACAAAUAUGAAUGACUCCUGUGAGUCACCCUCGUCCUCGUCCUCGUCCUCCUGUCCACCGCUGCUCACACCCACGAGCAAUGGGCCAGAGGUGAUGGGAAUGUAUGACAUGGAUCCAUCAGACAUGGCCCUGUCCAGUAUCCCCGGCCAGGAAACCUUUGACCCCAGGAGGCACCGCUUCACUGAAGACGAGCUCAAACCGCAGCCAAUGAUCAAGAAGGCCCGCAAGAUGCUGGUACCUGAUGACAUGAAGGAUGAAAAGUAUUGGUCCAGGAGGUGUAAAAACAACGAGGCAGCAAAGCGUUCCCGAGAUGCUCGGCGUCUUAAAGAGAACCAAAUAUCGGUGCGUGCCGCCUACCUGGAGAGGGAGAAUGCCGCCCUCCGACAAGAAGUGGCCGAGAUGCGGAAGGAACUUGGCCGCUGUCGCAACAUCCUUAGUAAAUACGAGAACCGCCUCGCCGACCAGUGAUGAAGGGGAGGAGCAAAAGGAAGGAGAGGAGGAUUCAGUUGGAUUAAUUUUAAAGACUCUCAUUUUUACGGUGGCAUGAUGGACAGAAUGGGGUCCGAAGAUGGUGGUGAUAAUGACGAAGAUGAUGAUUAUGAUGAUGAUGAAUGUAUGAGACAAGGAGAGGGGUUAUAUAUUGAAGCUCAGGUGACUUGUUUAGUUGAGGUGUCUCAGCGGGUGGUCCUAAAAGGCGUUUGGGCGGAGAGAUUAAUUAAACAGGUGAAAGAUGUGACUUUUAAGGGUUUUGUUAUUGGAGAAUUGUAUAUUUUUAUAAUACUUAGAGGGAGAGCAAAUUUGAAGAAUAAUUUUGUAUAUUUUCUACAUGACUGGGACAUAGAGACAUGGAAUGCUACAGAAAAUAUCUUUUAUUAUAGAUGAGUCAGGAGAUGAUGCUUAACAGGGGGUCAACCAUAGUCGGGUAUUUUUAGACUUGAUAGUCAGGAUGCAGCAACACGGGCUAGGAGGUUUCAAUUGUAAUAUAGAGAGCAAAAUGAUCUUAAAAUUGUAUAGUUCAAGAUUUUUGUGGAUUUUACUCAAGCACUUAAUUUUAAUUGUUUUGUUUCUGUCACUGGGAAUGGGCAUGCUGAGGCACAGAGAGAAAGAGAAUGAGAGAAACUGGGAGGCAACAUGUACCCCGUGCAGCUCUUGUCUUGACCAGUCUGAUGUAUUAUUAUUAUUAUUUUUUUAAAUAGAGCAACUUCAUCCUAUUUAAUUGACUUAGUGCUUAUGUUCCCACUUUACCACACCCCCGGUAUCUGUCAUAUGGCAAUAUUAGCGUAUUUGUACGAUUUUCCCACGAUUGGUACAUGUUUGUCCAGCCCAUGUUUGUAUCUUUGACUCUUUCUCUCUCUGUCCCUGUUGAGCGUUUUUACUCUGUUCUGGUGUAUGAUAUCUUACCUAAGCUGGUGAAAGCUGGUCUUGAUGCCCUGGGUAACACAGGCCCUCAGGAUCUUCUUGUUGAGUUGUUUGGACAUUGCCCUUCCUCCUCCAGAUCCAUUUACAGCUGCCCUCACUCUCAACUUAUCUCCGUACAGUUAUAAGCUAACUCUCCCCCCAUUUUGUCCAGUGGCUCCCUCUUAACGAGACAGCACAUAGAGCAGUCAAGGUCUCAAUGUUUUAACAUAUUCUGAAACAGUCCUUCAAUUUCCACAGGAAAACGCACAUUGAUUUUACUGAACUAACGUUAAUUAUCUUUAUUGUCCGUGGCUCAGCGAGAAAUAUUGUCUACAGUGGAUAGGCCUAUACAGGUUUGUUGAUUUGGUGGGGGUCUAUAAAGUGUGAAUGUGAGGAGUGUAUGAGUGUAUUUCAGGAGAUGGGCAUCAUGCUCCCAUUGAUUGGAAUGGUGUAAAUUUCUCAGAUUUCUGGGAUCAAUAAAAGCCAAAACUUCCUAUGUUGAGUCACAAAGCUUGUUGAUACUGCGCUUUUUUUCAAUGCAGCAGUCCUGUACUGUGUACUGUGUCUAUGAGCUUCUAUGUGCACCCACAACACCCACACAGGGGUGUGGUACACAACCAAUAAUGUUCCUAAAGGGGCAAGGGCCUGGCCAAACCAGUGAUAGAGCGUGCUUUUUAUCCCCUUAAUGACCAUGUUGAAUAGUUACCAUUACUGCUAUUAUUAUUGUUAUGAUUAUGAUGAUUGUUAUCCCUCUUAUUGUUGCUGUUCUAUAUUAUUGAAUGAUUUUCUUUCUUUGGAUGAACAUGGUCCGUUGCACCUUUAAACAUCUUUGAAUCUCAUGUGUUCCUCAGAGAGACUAUUCAAACAGAAAACCCCCCACUUUCUACCAUUUGCAUCCUGCCUCAGAUCUCCAAACGUUUUCCCUUUCUCUGUUCUGCCAUGGACUAUUUAUACAGCAAACUCACCUCUCCCUGGCGGACUGCCAUCUUGGUUUCUUUGACUAUGGAUUCCACAAACUUUGUUGGUUCAUCCGAUACCUCAAAGAUGAGGUUCGUGCAGACUUAAUUUACCAUUCAUUAUGAACUUUUCCGUUCUCCACAUGUGUAUGGACUAUGCACACAACGUAUAUGUUUCCUGAUGGUUUAUUUCAGCCUAUUUUCACCUCAAUCAGUGAUUGUUUGCUCUCCCAACAGGAUGUAGUCUCUAAUAUCCUCACACGUGGUUGAUAAAUCUUUUAGUGACUCUAACUGAACUACAACUAUCCUGCUGCGUCAGUGGUGUCCAUGGUGCCCAGCCCACCUAGUGCUGGUUAUUUGGAUGUAGUUGAGAUUUCCCACAAACACCAAUAAAAGAUUGUUCUCAUUCACUGUU